AUGGAAGCUGCCACGCUCGGACCGGAGGUCUCCAUGACGGAGACCGCCGCCAGCAACAGUGAUGUGGAAAAGGAGAUCUGCGCGGAGGAAAAGGCACGGGCCGUCGCUGCUCCUUAUAGGCCUCUUACCCAUUUGGAGUACACCAAUUCUUUCCAACUCGGCGACAUCGCGGAAGUCUGGUUCGACUCCAUCAGCCGACAGGCCGCAGCCUUUCGGGGCAGUUGGCAAGUCCUUCUUAACCGGUCCGAUCCUGUGGAUGAUCUUAUGAAGGCCCUGGGAAUCAGCAUGCUGAAGCGUCGCGUGAUGGCCUCAUACAGUAGCAUCACAGACAUGGAACUUAUCAAGGACGACGAGAAGUCGCCGGUGAUGAAGAUUACAACCCACCUUCCCCUGAACAACCUGAAGCAGUCUGUCGUCGCUUUCGACAACACAUGGGCUGAGCAGAAGGACUCAGACACCGGCACCUGGCGCACGUGGAGUGUCUGGAUCAACGGGAGGGCCAUCCAACGGAGAGAGGGGCCUCUCGGCACUAUGUUCGACGUUAGGGCGAUUUUUCCCUCCGAUCCUCUUGCCACCGAGACGAAAGCUGGACAGGAAGUUUCUGGACCUCUCAUGCUCUUUAAGUGGACGUAUAUCCCCACAGGCAAGCAACCAAUCACGUCCAUGCGUUGGAUGAAGAAGCUGUAA